GCCCUCUGAAUUCCAUACCAAUUCGUCUCACACAUACUGAUCAAUUCAACACGCAAGGGAGAAAAGGAAAUGGCGAUCUCGUCGAGGGUUCUCCUCGCCGCCGUCGCCUUUCUGGCCGUACUGGAGCUCGGGCUCGUCUCGGCGAACUUCAAGGACCAGUGUAACAUCACGUGGGGGCCGCAGAACGCCGAGUUUACGGAGGGAGGGGAACACCUCAAGCUCUCCCUCGUCAACAAGUCUUCAGGUUCUAUGGUGACGACCUUGAAGUCCUUCAUCUAUGGCAGCGUCUCCACCAGGAUCAUGCUGGUCAAGGGCAAUUCGGCUGGCACCGUCACCACCUACUACACGUCGUCGACUGGCAACUUUAGUCUUCAUGACGAGAUCGACUUCGAGUUCCUGGGCAACUCGUCGGGCGACCCCUACACCCUCCACACCAACGUGUUCGCCGACGGCGUGGGCGCCCGGGAGAUUCAGUUCAAGCCCUGGUUUGACCCCACCGCCGACUACCACAACUACACCAUCUUCUGGAACCCCUGCAUGAUCGUGUGGUACGUGGACAGUUUCCCCAUCCGCGUCUUCCGCAACUACACGGGUCUGCCGUUCCCGACGAGGCGGCCGAUGUUCGCCUACUCCAGCAUCUGGAACGCGGACGACUGGGCCACGCAGGGCGGCGCGGUGAAGGCGGACUGGACGCAGGCCCCCUUCUCCGCCGAGUACCGCGACCUCGACCUCCAGACCUGCGAGUGCGCCGCCGGCGCCUCCGACGAUGCAUGCGCCGACAGCUGCGCCUCGUCCAAGUAUGCCGUCGAGCCGCGCUGCGAGCUCACCGACAAGGAGAAGCGCCAGAUGAAGGCCCUGCAGCUGGGAUACACCAUCUACAACUACUGCGACAAAGCAAGGUCCAACGUCGCCAAGGAUCCCGCUACCGCCGACCCCGUACCGCCCGAGUGCGACUUGGACGACAAACAGGACCAGGGCCAGUACUGAUGAUCAAGUACCUCCCAUUAUCAUCAUCUUUCUAUUUUUGUUUGAUAUCUGGGAGGCGUCGCUUCGACUCUUCUUGUUUUAUUUUUAUUUUUUGUGGACCGAUUAAUUGUUUCUUUACAAGAAAAUUCUUUUUGGCCUGAUCGAGUUGAUGUAUAUGGUUGCAGCAAUAUAUAUACGUUUUAAAGAGGACUAGUUCAAUUCC